AUGGGUCACAACAAUAAUAAUAACGAUAUGUUUGUUCAGGCAAAUAGUGUCGAAUCUGGUUCUUCGGAUGCUCCUACGGAUUUAACAUCUAAUCAAGAGCAACAGAUAAAUUCAAUUAGUAAAUCAAUCGAAGAAAUAGAUUCUGAUAGAAAUGAAAUAUUGCCUAUCGAAACGAAAACCCUCAAACGACAUCUCGGUCUGUUUUCUGGAAUCUCGUUUGUACUUGGUAUGAUCAUUGGUUCGGGAAUAUUUAUUUCUCCAAAAGGUGUUCUAAGACAAACAGAAUCGAUUGGAUUAUGUUUGGUAAUAUGGGUAUUAUGUGGUUUCAUUUCUAUAUUGGGUGCAUUGUGCUAUUCAGAAAUAGGUACAGUUAUACCGCUGAGUGGUUCAGAAUUAGUUUAUAUGCGAGAAGGUAAUCUUGAAAUUAUUAAAGCAUUUUAUUUUGAAUCCAUGAACAAGAAAUUUGUAAAAUAUUUUGUUUGA